AAAUUUAGUUGAGAGGCAAUGAGAUUGAGAUGAGAAUUUUAGUUCAUCUUCCAGUUAACUCCUAACUUAGAUUCUGACCUAACCAGUUGGACCAUAAGUUCACGUUUGAUAGCUUUUUUGAUUUUUGUGAUGAACCAGGACAAAGGCCUCACAUUUGGUUUUAAAAAGGAAAUCUGACACCGAGUUUAGCCUCUCAUAGGUGUGCUGUCUCGCAGAACGAAACGAGGUAACAUUAGCGGUUUGUGAACCGUUCCCAUAGACUGCAUAUACCGUUCCAGGACCGUAAGCUAGCUCACGUUAGCUAAGAUAACAGGACCGUUAGCUAAAAUAGCGUUAGUAUGGGCGUAACGGUCAACAGCUAGCUUAAGGGUUCAUUGGUAUUUCAAUGACUUCUCGACACCAUAUUGAAUGCUGCUAUAUUUAACUUCGUCGAAUGGAUCUUUAUGAAGAUGGACAACUUCAAAAUCGAUCCGGUGAUACAAAUGACGGUAAAACGUGGCGUGAUGUGGUUCUCCGGGCGGGUAGCGACCCCGCCGUGACCGGCGACCCCAGAGCACUGCGCCACCUGACGGCCCUGGAAAAGACCUGCCAGGUGUCUCCCUACUUUGGCGUAGUCCAGACAGACAUCCAGCCGUACAUGCGGAGGAUACUGGCAGUGUGGAUGUUUCAGGUGUGUGAGGAGCAGAAAUGUGAGGAGGAGGUGUUUCCGCUGGCGGUGUAUUACCUGGACUGUUACCUAAGCCGCUUUUCCAUUGAAAAGUCCAACCUGCAGCUUUUAGGGGCCGUUUGCAUGUUCCUGGCCUCCAAAAUGAGAGAGACUGUUCAUCUGACUGCCAGCAAGCUUUGUAUCUACACAGACAACUCUGUUUCAGUCUCAGACAUCUUGCAGUGGGAGGUGGUAGUGGUGUCCAGGUUAGACUGGUGUCUGGCCUCUGUGGUACCCUCUGACUUCCUGGAGCCAAUUCUUCACACUCUCCCCUUUGUUCGGUCCCACCACCUUCAAAACAUACGCAGGCAUGUUCACUCCUACAUUGCUCUGGCAGCCACUGACUGCAGGUUUUCAGCAUUCUUGCCCUCUGUUGUCGCAUGUGCCUGCGUGAGCAUUGCCACACAGAGGCUAACGUUAGUGGACGCUGCCGUCUCCUCUGAUUCGGUUAUGGAGUUGUUGGCCAACCUUUUGGCCAUUGAUCUGAGCUCUGUCCUCCUCUGCUAUGGCCAGCUAGUGAGUGUGCUGGAGCUCAGCCUGCCCUCUGGUUUCCAGGAUAGUGUUUUCAGAUCAGGAGCACACAGCUCAGAGCUCAGCCACACCCCUGCUGACAUUCAGGAUGUUGUAUUGACACCAGUGACAUCAAGCUAGAACACUCCACCCUGCCUUGGACAGCUAGAACAAAUUGUAAAUUUACAGCCUUGAAACAGAACAAAUGUUAAUUGUUAAAUGUUAUUUUGCAUGUUGAUUUUUUUGAGGUCCUUCUGUGACGUUUAGAGCUAAUAGUUUGAGAGAUUACUCAGAUUUGUUUGAAAUGUCCUGUUGCUCAUUUUCAAGUAUUUUGCAUUUGCUAAAGCAGCUUUAAAAAAAAAAGAUGAUUAGAAAAGAAUAUGAUUCUGAUUGUGCCUUUGAUUAAUAUUUAGAGCCACAUGAACUUUUUUGUGAUAUUGACAGUUGAAUUGCAGAUUGCACAUUUUAAAUGUAUCUUCUAUUCAUGUUUUCAUACAUCUUUUGCAUUUAUCUGGACUCAUUGAAAAUUUUAUCUGGAUAGUUCUUAAGUUUAAAUAGAUGUUUCUGCAUGGUUUCAACACAGUAGUGGAUUUCCUUGUGACUAUAAAUCAAUUCUGUUACAUUACAACAUCUGUUUGUAGAUCAAUAACAACAGGAGCCAGCACUUGA